CUCCCGGCCGGCUCCCCGCUCCCCGCACUCCGGCUCCGGCCGCGGCCCCGCAAGCAUGAUGAGCUACGGCAGCGGGGACGGGCUGCUGCAGGGCCCCGUGUACCCGCUGCCCUUGCCCAUGGCCCUGGGCCGCAAGAGCACCGCGCUGCUGCGCUCGACCGCCGGCGGCUCGGCGUCCAGCGGCUUCCACUCGUGGGCGCGGAGCUCGGGCUCGGGCUUCCGCUCCCGCGGCGCGCUGGCCGCCUCGAGCACCGAGAGCCUGGACUCGCUCAACGGGCCGGGGCUGGGCGGCGAGGGCCGCGGGGCGCGCAACGAAAAAGAGCUGCUGCAGGCGCUCAACGACCGCUUCGCCGGCUACAUCGACAAGGUGCGGCAGCUGGAGCUGCAGAACCGGCAGCUGGAGGGUGAGGCGGCCGCGCUGCGGCAGCAGCAGGCCGGCCGCUCUGCCAUGGGCGCGCUCUACGAGCGCGAGAUCCGCGAGAUGCGCGCGGCCGCGCUGCGCCUGGGCGCCGAGCAGGGCCAGCUGCGCCUGGAGCACGAGCGCCUGCUGGAGGACAUCGCGCACGCGCAGCAGCGCCUAGACGACGAGGCCCGCCAGCGCGAGGAGCUGCAGGCGGCGGCGCGCGCGCUGCACCGCUACGCGGACGAGGCGGGCCUGGCGCGCGCCGAGCUGCAGAAGAAGGUGCAGGCGCUGCAGGACGAGGGCGCCUUCCUGCGCCGCCGCCACGACGAGGAGGUGGCCGAGCUGCUCAGCCAGAUCCAGGCCGCGGGACCCCCGGACGGCCGCGACCUCGUCAAGUCCGACGUCACGUCGGCCCUGCGAGAGAUCCGCGCGCAGCUCGAGGGCCACACGGUACAGAACACGCUGCAGUCCGAGGAGUGGUUCCGAGUGAGGUUGGACCGCUUGUCAGAAGCUGCCAAAGUGAACACAGAUGCCAUGCGCUCGGCCCAGGAGGAGAUCACGGAAUACAGACGUCAGCUGCAGUCCAAGACCACCGAGCUGGAGGCCCUCAAGGGGACAAAGGACUCUUUGGAGAGGCAGCGUUCAGAUCUGGAAGACCGCCAUCAUGCUGAUGUCAUCUCCUACCAGGAAGCCAUUCAGCAGCUGGACAGUGAGCUGAGGAACACCAAAUGGGAGAUGGCAGCCCAGCUCCGGGAGUACCAGGACUUGCUGAACGUCAAGAUGGCCCUAGACAUUGAAAUCGCAGCCUACAGAAAACUUCUGGAAGGAGAAGAGUGUAGAAUUGGUUUUGGCCCAAGUCCUUUCUCUCUUCCUGAGGGACUCCCCAAAGCCCCAGCUGCUUCCACACAUAUAAAAGUCAAAAGUGAAGAGAAGAUCAAAGUGGUUGAGAAGUCAGAGAAGGAAACAGUCAUUGUGGAAGAACAAACUGAGGAGAUCCAGGUGACUGAAGAGGUAACUGAGGAAGAGGAGAAGGAAGAGGAGAAAGAAGAAGCAGAAGAAGAAACUGGAGAGAAGGAAGAAGAAGGUGAAGAAGGAAAGUCCCCGGAGAAGGAAACCAAGUCUCCUCCUAUAGAGGAGGUCACAUCACCAGAGAAGACCAAAUCCCCAGUGAAGGAAGAUGUCAAGUCCCCACCUGAGGUCAAGUCUCCAGAGAAGGUUAAGUCUCCAGAAAAGGAAGAGGUCAAAUCUCCAGAGAAGGCCAAGUCUCCAGUGAAGGAAGAGGUCAAGUCCCCCCCUGAGGUCAAGUCUCCGGAAAAGGCCAAAUCUCCAGUGAAAGAAGAAGUCAAGUCUCCAGAGAAGGCCAAAUCCCCUGUGAAGGAAGAGGUCAAGUCCCCCCCUGAGGUCAAGUCUCCAGAGAAGGUUAAGUCCCCAGAGAAGGAAGAGGUCAAAUCUCCAGAGAAGGCCAAGUCCCCAGUGAAGGAAGAGGUCAAGUCCCCACCUGAGGUCAAGUCUCCAGAGAAGGUUAAGUCCCCAGAGAAGGAAGAGGUCAAAUCUCCAGAGAAGGCCAAGACCCCUGUGAAGGAAGAGGUCAAGUCCCCCCCUGAGGCCAAAUCUCCGGAAAAGGCUAAAUCUCCAGUGAAAGAAGAAGUCAAAUCUCCAGAGAAGGCCAAAUCCCCUGUGAAGGAAGAGGUCAAGUCCCCCCCUGAGGCCAAGUCUCCAGAGAAAGCCAAGAGCCCAGUGAAGGAAGAAGUCAAGUCCCCCGCUGAGGUCAAGUCUCCUGAGAAAGCCAAGAGCCCAGUGAAGGAAGAGGUCAAGUCCCCCCCUGAGGUCAAGUCUCCAGAGAAAGCCAAGAGCCCAGUGAAGGAAGAGGUCAAGUCUCCAGAGAAGGCCAAGACCCCAGUGAAGGAGGAAGUGAGGUCCCCAGCAGACAUCAAAUCCCCAGUAAAGGCUAAAUCCCCAGAAAAGGAAGAUGUAAAAUCUCCUGAGAAAGAAGACAAAGAGAGCACCCCAAAGAAAGAAGCAAUAAAGUCACCUGGCCCACCUGUCAAAGAAGAAGGAAAACCUCAGGAAGUUAAAGGGAAAGAACCCCCCAAGAAAACAGAGGAGGAGAAAGCCCCAGCCAAAGCAGAAGAAAAAAAGGACAGCAAGAAAGAGACCCCCAAAAAGGAGGCUGAGGAGAAACCCAAGGAGCCUCAAGUGGGAACCAAGACAGAAGGAGCUGAGAGCCAGAAGGCCCCAGCCCCAGAGCCUCCUUCAGCCCCUGCAAAGGCAGAAACCAAGGAGAAGGAGCCGGCAAAGCCCCAAGAAAAGAAGGCAGAGGAGAAAAAGGGGCCAGAGCCACCCAAGGGACCCGAGAAACCAAAACAGGAGGAAAAGAAAGCAGAGGAGAAGGCAGCUGAGCCCCAGAAGGCUGAAGAGAAACCCCACGCCGACCCCAAAGCCAAAGAGGAGGGCAAGGCCCCUCCCAAAGAACCCGCCAAAACAGAGGCCCCCAAACCCAGCAAGCCCAAGGCGGAGAAAGUGGAGAAAUCCUCCAGCACUGACCAGAAGGAGAGCAAAGCCUCAGAGCAGGUGCCUGAGGACAAAGCCAAGAAGGGCGAUAAGUAGGCACAGGGAUCAGGCUCGGAAACACCCACCAGGAGCAGCCAAAGAAACUCAGACAGGUCAAUCGACUCUAAUUUAUUUUAUUUCUGCCUCCCACAAGAGACUGUGCUCAGACUGCAGGGCACUCUCCUUUUCCAAGCUGGAAUUCCUGGUUGCAAUACAAAGGAAAAGAGGGAGAGAGGAAAACCAGAUCCCCUUCCCCCUGGAGGCCUCCACCCCACCCCCACCCAGCCCCCCCGACCCUCAACCCUCACCUAUGAUGGUCAACUAUGUUAUGAUAGCUUAACUAGCAGAAUGUGAUAUAUGCCGAAUGCCACAUGUAAACACUUGACUAUUUAAAACUGCCCCUCCCCCUCCCGAUAAGUGCAUUUAUUUCCUGUAUGUGCAAUCAAUUGAUGGACAAAUGCAAUAAUGAAUGUAUGCACUGUUAGAAGAUGCAUUAUGCUUGAGAUGUCUUAAAAUGGUACAGAUGCCUUUUUUUGUUUAUUUUCCAAAGGAAAUCUGUCGGCCCCCCGGUGCAGAGACAGCUCUGCUGGAGGGUAGGCCCAGAGGAUGCAGGGUCAGCCACACAGUGUCAAUCACUCCACAAACUCAGAGGAGCACCAUUCAACUUGAGGCCACUUUCAAUUGCUUGUGUGCAAUAAAAAAAGAGUGCUUAUAAAAA